UCUUUAGUCGUAUCACAGCGAUGUUCUGUUGUCAUUUACUGUAGCCCCACUUCUACUUCCGCUUCCCGGUUGAUGAUUUUUGUUUCUUGCUUCUGCUGCCCAUCCUUUUUUUCUUCUAACUUUGCCCGUUCUGUUUCCUGCUCUGCAUUGACAUUCCGAUAUCGCCUCUAGCUUCCACUCAGCUGCGCAUGUAUAAAUGGCGCUUCGUCCCACCUUUUGCUCCUGUUUGGAGCGAGGAUGUCUGGCCAUUUUGAGAUAAAUGAGCCGCAGCGGCUAAUCAUUGUCUUUAGCUGCCCGCAAAGUUCCAUACUGGGAAAACAGUUGGCCGGUCCGGUUACCAAUCCCUGUGAGUUCCGCAUACUAUUUGAGAGAGCUCAUUCACCCACCAUCCACUGUGUGCGCAGCCAUCUUCUCUUAUAAGGCUGCACCUCUUUCUCCUUCCUCGAGAACUUCCACAAGCCAUGGCGGCGGCGGCUUUCGUUUCCUCCUCGUCUUCGCUCUUCCUCCUGCUCUUGAGCUUCUGCCUCGUAGUCUUGUCUCGGUCGCAGCAGAUGAACGCUCAGGAGGAGCCGGUCACAGAUCCAGUCGAAGCAGCGGCCGUCUUCCAAGUCUUGCAGGGAAUCAACUACGAGAUUGAUUGGAAGGGGAUGUUCCCAGGCGAUCCCUGCACCGGAGGCCCCCACGGCAUAACCUGCGACAUCGACUCCAACAACGUCUACCACGUCGUGGAGCUCAACCUCGGCUGGGUGUCCGACUACGUCAACAAUCCUCCAUGCAGCUUCAACGCCUCCAUCCACCCCGCAAUUUUCAGAUUCAAGCACCUCAAGAAGCUCUUCUUCUACAAGUGCUUCGUCCACUCGCCUGUGUCCAUACCCCCGGAGAUAAUCCAGCUCAAGGACACGCUCCAGCACCUCACUUUCCAGAACAAUCCUUCUCUCGUAGGCACCAUCCCCGUGGAACUGGGAAAUCUCACCAGCUUGGAGAGGCUCGUCCUUGCGGAGAACAGUCUGGAAGGAGCGAUCCCAGCGGAGGUAGGCAACUUGCAAACUCUGAGGCAGCUGGUUCUUAGUCACAAUCGUCUCGCUGGUCGCGUCCCUCUAACCAUUGGCGGCCUGACGAGUCUCGUCAUACUCGACUUGAGUGAGAACAAGCUAACCGGAGAGAUCCCGUCUCAGCUGUAUUCGCUUGCGGAGCUCCGGAAGAUGGACUUGAGUCACAACCGGCUACAGGGUCCAAUUGCUGAUGAUAUCUGCAACCUCCAGGCUCUCCAGUUCCUCGACUUGAGCUAUAACAAUCUCAGCGGCCGUCUUCCGGACAAGUUGGGACAGCUCGCCAGCCUCCAGUAUCUGUUUCUCGGAAGCAAUCUCAUCGGUGCGGAGCUUCCGAACAUCUGGGACAGUCUCGGGAACUUAAUCGCAGUCGGUCUCUCCAAUUCACGCUACGCCGGACCAAUACCAGCGUCUAUCGGUGCGUUGCAGAAGCUCAAUUCCCUGUCUCUCGACGGCAACCAGUUCUCCGGACGGAUCCCUUCCAACAUCGGCACGCUGCCAAACCUCUACCACAUGAAUCUCAGCGCAAACUCCUUGUUCGGCCCGGUUCCAUUCACUUCGAGUUUAGUCGGAAGGCUUGGACGCAAUCUCAUCGUCAGGAAUAACACAGGACUGUGCUACGAGCACUCGAUGGUGAGUGACGUCCCGGAUGCCUUGGGAUUAGCACCUUGCAGUUCACUUUCGUCCUCGACACAGGGUGGAUCUCCAGCCGGUUUGCCUGCUAGCAACAGUGUAGCGAGCUUCUCGUCGGCAGUCUUUCAUGUUUUCGCGAUCUUGCUCCUACAGAUGCAGAGGCUGUGAGGAAAUAUAAAAAUUCACUCCACAUAUUGCGCGAGUACCUUGCCGACUCCACAAGUUUGGAUUCUGCUGUACAGACUAUAGGCUCUUGGAGAUGAGUUUUUUUCUUUUGUUUUUGUUUCCUGCAAAAGUUGCGAACGUGAUUUCCAAUCGCAUCGCUCAAACUAGUGUUCUGACUAAUGACCGUGAUUAAUAAGACACCUAUUUAAGCUAA